CUGACCUUCAGCACGGGGAGCGGCGCGGCGGGAACGCGGAGCUGCGGAGCUGCAGGACAGGGACAGCACCUGCCCGGGCCUCGGGGCCCCAUGAACAGGACACCGCCGGCUUCGGGCAUUUUCCCCGGACUGAAGCGAUCCCUUUUUCCUGCCGCACAGCGCCGGAGAGAUUUGCCUUCCCUCACCUCAGUCCUGCAGAUUCCCCCUCACGGGUCUGGCAAACAGGUUUUGACCAACUUUGGUUUUCAUGACAAUGGAAUUUUUCAUCCCCACGAUGGAAAGAAAGAACCUCUUCCUCAGCCUGCUGCUCUGCUACAGCCUGUUCAGAGCUGCUGAUUCCCACUUGGUCAUUGAGGAGAAGACAGAAUGCAACCUGUCCAGGAGGAGCAAAAUGGACCUCUCAGAUCUUCCACCCAUCUCCAUAGUAGAUUUAACUAGAAAAUCCCAGAAAGUCAGCAGGAAAGAGGCAGAGAACAAGAAAACUUCCAAGAAAAAUGCUAAGCGCAAGAUAUCUCCAAAGCCAAGGCCCUCACCUGCUGCUAACUGUGUGCCAACCUUCAAAACCUGCAAGCCACACUUGAAUUCCUGCUGUCACUACUGUGCUUUGUGCAAAUGUCGAAUUUUCCAGACAAUCUGCCAGUGCCUGAUGUUAAACCCCAAGUGCUAAGCCAAGUCAGAAAC